AGAGGGUUCCAAUGCUCAGCUACCCACUCACAUUCUCCGCGCGCAAUCUGUGGAGCUGGAGCUUGUCUAAGCGACGCUAGACGCUGCUGUAGAUAACGGUUGACAGAUCCACCAUCGCUAAUGCUCAAGUCACACCAGCAAUAGUACAUCACCGGAUAUUACAAAUGUCGCGAGAGCUCGCAUCGCUCCCAAGGGGGAUGAAUCAACCCUUCGGUUCUGUGUAGUGUAGUCCUCCCCACCUCAGCCAUGUCCCUUGCCUGUAGUAAGAGCUAGCCCAAAGCGAGAGCUGCCCAGCCGGCACCUCAUGCACAUAAGCUUCAGGGGAAAUUAUCAUCAUGAAAAGCUUCACUUGUCCUAGACGUCUUGGUCCUCUUUAAACGUCUUGAUCUUCCUCGGCGUCUGCUCAAACUUGUCUUCUUCACUCGCUCAUUACUUGGAAUCCAUUCAUCAUGCGUCCCUUUACUACCACCAUCGCAACUUUGCUCAGUGUCGCGACAUGCGUCCACGCCAAGGAUCUGUCCAUUUACGACGACUCGAAGACAUACGCUUACCAGGGAUGCUACAACGAAACCACCAACCAGGAAGACUCGUCUGGCGUCCGCGCGCUGGACGGUGGAAUCACAGAUGUGAGGGAGGGUGAGAUGACCGUCGAGCUGUGUCUCGAAAUCUGCGGAGAUGGCGACACGGAGUACCGCUUUGCUGGGCUACAAUGGGCUAGGGAAUGUUGGUGUGCGAGCACGUUGGCUGGCAUCGCCAAGAAGGUCGACGAUGAGGAAUGCGACAUGGCCUGCGAAGGCGACGGGGAGUUUGCGUGCGGCGGAAACCUCAAACUGAGCGUGUACGAGACGAGCGAGAAUGCCGCGGGAGGAUUGAGGACAGUGGCCAGUCUGGGCCUUGCGAGCGUACUCUUGCUUCACAUCAUUUGACAGCAGCGCUGCCCUUUGUUUGCAGUCAUUGUCGUCUUUUUCAG